GACCCCUACUGUUUCCAGGGUAACGGGAUUCCGGCUUAGGCAUGUUGUGGGUUAACCCAGUCUGGAUACUUUCAUGAAACAGGGUUUUCACCGCUUCUCACACACACACUUAGAUUUCAUAAGAAGGCAAAUAGUUUUAUGGCGCUUGCCAAUGAUCUCCUCUUCAAUAUGUGGAGCCAUUAAAAAAACAAUCAAUGGCAAUUAGUGCUGCUUGGUCCAAAGCGCAGAGCUGGAGCGACGUCACGCGCUUUUGGAGAGGGCGCGUCGAUGCGCUUUUACGCGCCCAUAUAGCCGCGCGCGGCGUGUUUACGGAGCGAGAGUUUUCAGAUCAGGACUUCCAGAGCGCAUGAGGACUGUCUGACACCAUGUCCCGGACCGAGCAGACUUUGAAGAGCAGCGAUGGAUUCCGUGUCCUUUUCUCCGUCUAGGACGUGAAAUGACAGGCUUUGAGCCAAGACUGAGGCGCUCUGGAGGAUUUCUAAGCCGGGGAUUCUUUUACAGUUUCCACAAAGGAAAUGUCCACAACUGCAAGUCCAACCAUCUCCUCAAACCUGAUAGCCGACCAACUCACGGUGGUCGCUGCAUCCCUUUCUUCUCUGGUGUUCUUUGUGAUCAUUGUGGCGCUGCUGUCUACUAUUUACCGCAAGGAUCCUCACUGCUGCAAACACCGCUCCUAUCAGGACCCACAUGCUGCUGCGGAUGAUCCUCCACAGUAUUACAACAGCAGGACCACCUUGGUGGGAUCCCCGUGUUUCGAGCAGGACAGCAAUACCCAGCAGGCAGGUGAGCUGUUCUGUGUCGGCCUGCCCUCCAGCUACAGCCUGCCCACGCUAGAGGCCCCCCUGCCGAGGCUCCCCACCUACGAGAGCGUGCGAAAGAAGGACCGCCAGAGGCAGAUCCACAUGAUGAUCGCUGACCGCUUUGGCCUCAAUGCGCCCAUUGUGACUGAGCCUCCUCCUACAUAUGAAGAAAGCAUCCGGCAGUCUGUAGAGCUACCGUACAACAUUUUCUCUCCAGGUUUGGACAUCCUGCAUCCACAGACUUUUUACUCCAACACCGGACCUGUUGAUCACAGGGAACCAGACCAGCAACCCGGUUCUGAUGCCAGCAGCACCGUUCUGCCUUCAGUGUGAUGCUGGGAUCCAGUGGGAUGAAUGUGGUAGAAAAUUGAUUAUUUUUAUGCAGAUUAUGGUCACAGGUAGACCCAACUCACUGAUACCUCAAAAACAAAAAGUGUUUUUGCUAAGAGAAAGCUAAUGUUGAUCAUGGGCUGUGGAGAAACCAAAGAAGAACCAAACCGCUCCAGGGAUGACUGAGUCCACAUUGAAUAUACUUUGAGGCAUUUGUCGCACGCUUAUGUGAGGAUGUGUCAAAAAGAAACGGAAAUUAUGGACAAAGGUGGCUGGAACAUCUUGAAGAAGACACGAAUGAAGAGACAACAGGGACUACUAUGAUGCUAACUUUUUUUGUGAUGUUUAUUGUUUGUUGGGGAAUUUUAGUUGUUUGACUUUCUGUUCUUUGAAAUCUUCUUAAACUUGAAAUAUCGGUUGUUUUUGCAAACAUUUUGCAUGGAAGCAACUAUAAAAGCUGAUUUUUUUAAGCAUUUUGGAGAGGUUUCAAACUUCUCCAAAGUAAAUGUUCAGACCAGAAAGCAAGAAAGAAAGGAUUUUUAUUAGAUCUACAUCUACAAUCACGUUACCUCAAGUGAUUCUUCUUAAUGACAGUUUAUCUGAUGCAUUUUUGUCUUUUAAAUCUUUGUUACAUCCCAUGAAUUAAUGUAAUUUUAGUCAAAAAAAGGUUGGUAUUUAUUUAAUAAAAAAAGAUCACAUUGUGUACUAUUUCUGUGGGAACAAAUUUAAUAAAC